GGAUUUCAUCUUCACCACCUCUUCUUCUCCCCAAUCCCCGCCCUUUUACCACCUUUUGCCAUCUUCCUCUUCCUCCCUUUGGUUAUUACCCUGCCACCAUUUCUGCUUCUUCUACACUUUACUCUCUCUACCUAGCUAGCUACACUCUGCCACCACCACCACCACCACCCACAACACACAAACCCAAACACUACACCAUCUCUCUCAAUUCUCAAAUUCAAAACUCAACAUUUUGACCUCAACACACCAUUUUUGACCUCACUACUUUUUUUUUUUUUUUUUUUAUAGUUUUCCCACCUAUUAUAUUCUCCCUCACAUACAUUUCCUCUGUUCUCUCCAUCAAAUAAAUUCAUUCAACCAUCCUCUGCAUUUCAAUAUCAACCUUCUUCCUCCUCUUCUCCAUUCCCAAAACCCAAAACCAUGAUCAUGACCAAUCUCACUUCUUCAACCACACCCACAUCAACCUCCCUCUUCUCUUCUUUUUCUUCACUCUCCCUAACAGAGCUAUUCCCAUACCUCAUAUGCUUCAUCCUCCUCCUCCUCCUCCUUGAACAACUCACAUACCUCACCAAGAAACGCUUCAUCCCAGGACCAAACCUCAUCCUCCCCUUCAUAGGCAACGCCAUCCCAUUAGUCAGAGACCCAACAAAAUUCUGGGACCUUCAAUCUUCCCUUGCAAAGUCCACACCCUUAGGCUUCUCUGCCAACUACAUCAUCGGCAACUUCAUCAUCUUCAUCAGAGACACAGAGCUUUCCCACAAGGUCUUCUCCAAUGUCAGACCCGGUGCCUUCCACCUCGUCGGCCACCCCUUCGGCAAGAAACUCUUCGGCGAUCACAAUCUCAUCUACAUGAUGGGCCAGGAUCACAAGAAUCUCCGCCGUCGAAUCGCUCCCAAUUUCACCCCCAAAGCACUCUCCACCUACACCGCGCUGCAGCAAAUCAUCAUCCUCAAACACCUCAAAUCAUGGGCCGCCGGAAAAUCCAGCUCCGCCAUCCCCCUCCGUGUCCUGGCCCGUGAUAUGAACCUUGAAACCUCGCAGACUGUGUUUGUGGGCCCUUACUUGGGCCCCAAGGCCCGAGAGAGGUUUGAGCAUGAUUACUACCUCUUCAACGUCGGCCUCAUGAAGCUCCCCGUCGAUCUCCCCGGAACCUCCUUCCGGAACGCCAGGCUCGCCGUCGACCGCCUCGCCGGAACACUAGCCACCUGCGCGAAGAUGAGCAAGAGCAGGAUGGAGAAAGGAGAAGAGCCUUCUUGCUUAAUCGAUUACUGGAUGCAGGACACGCUAAGAGAAAUCGAAGAAACUCGCCUCGCCGGAGAAUCACCACCACCGUACUCCAGCGACGCUGAAAUCGGUGGCUACCUCUUCGACUUCCUCUUUGCCGCACAGGAUGCUUCCACCUCGUCGCUUUUAUGGGCGGUGGCGCUGCUGGAUGCUCACCCGGAGGUUCUCGCCAGGGUGAGAGAGGAGGUCGCCGGAAUCUGGUCGCCGGAGUCGGAUGAACUGAUAACAUCAGAGAAUCUCAGGGAGAUGAAGUACACGCAGGCGGUGGCGCGUGAGGUGGUGAGAUACCGGCCUCCGGCGACGAUGGUUCCUCACAUCGCGGCCGAGAGUUUCCCACUGACGGAGUCGUACUCGGUUCCGAAGGGGGCAAUUGUGUUCCCGUCGGCGUUUGAGUCGUCGUUUCAAGGGUUCACUAAACCAGACCGGUUCGACCCAGACCGGUUUUCCGAUGAGAGAAAAGAGGACCAAAUAUUUAAAAGGAACUUUCUAGCAUUUGGGGCUGGGCCCCACCAGUGUGUGGGUCAGAGGUACGCUUUGAAUCAUCUUGUUUUGUUCAUCGCAAUGUUCGUUUCGUUGAUUGAUUUCAAGAGGGAUAGAACGGACUACUGUGAUGAGAUCAUGUAUGUGCCCACGAUUUGCCCCAAAGACGAUUGCACGGUUUUUAUGUGUAAGCGGUGCGUACGGUACCCUUCUUUCCCUGCCGUGGAGGAGCUCGUGAAAUGACCACAAUGCCCCUUCCGUACUAUUUGUUUGGUUGAUGCAAUUUUUUUAAAAUGUGAAACUUGUCGCAAGAAGUGGUGUUGACUUGUUUAUUUUUUCAUUGGGUGGAUUAAAAAUGUUGGUAUUUUUCUUAUAAAAGUUUGUGUAUGUGAAUGUGAGAGGUCAUUGGAUAUGGUGGAUGAUUGGGUGUUUUUUUGGCAAUCAAAUCAAAUAAAAUGAUAAGUGAAAAAGACACCAACUUCAUUGAGCUGGCUCUUUUUAACUUUUGGGA